AUGAUGACUCCCAUAGCCAAAUCUUUCUACGAUCUCAGUGCCACUGAUCUCCAAGGAGAGAAAGUGGAUUUCAACAAUUUCAGGGGAAGAGUGGUUUUGAUAGAGAAUGUGGCAUCUUUCUGAGCCACUACAGUGAGGGAUUACACCCAGAUGAAUCAGCUGCAGAGCAAAUACCCUCGACGGCUGGUUGUACUGGGUUUUCCUUGCAAUCAGUUUGGCUACCAGGAAAACUGCACAAAUGAAGAGAUCCUCCAUAGCUUGAAAUAUGUGAGGCCCGGGUCUGGGUUUGAACCCAACUUUACUCUUUGUCAGAAGUGUGAAGUGAAUGGCAACAACACCCAUCCUGUCUUUGCCUACCUGAAGGAUAAACUCCCUUACCCAGAUGACAAUCCGUCCUGCUUCAUGUUGGAGCCAAAGUUCAUCCUGUGGAGCCCCGUGCAUCGCUAUGACAUCUCCUGGAACUUUGAGAAGUUCCUGGUGGGACCUGAAGGAGAACCUUUCAAGCGGUACAGCUCCAAGUUCCUCACUAGCAGCAUUGAGCCUGAUAUCCAGCGCCUCCUGAAGCUUGCCAAAUAAGAAAAAAGCAGAAUCCCCAACGUUAUAUAAGUAGCCUUUACAUAGAUCAGAAAAAUGACUAGGGAUUCCUUGCCCUGUAAUCAGAAGUUUCUCUUCUCCUGAUGGAACCAAA